AUGUUGAAAACAGUAGCAGAGGUAAUGAUAGAAAUUUCAACUGAGGGUCACUUAAAGAGGAAUUACAAAGUACCGAAGAGAAACAGUGAUGAUAAAAAUGAUGUAGCCAACAUCGUUAAAAGGUCAGAUUUGAGGGAUCCAAAUACUAACCUAAGCAAUGUUGAACAAUCUGUUUAUAAUGAAAAAAGGAGGUUAAAGAUGCCUUAUAUUAAUAAUAGAAACAAUGGAGAAGCUCGAAGAAGUGAAAAAAAUAUUUCAGUCAUCGAAGAGCUUCGUUGGAGGCGUCCUCUUCUUGGUUGGGAGCGGUUACCUUGCUCUUUCAGGUUCUCUCUCUAUAGAAGUAGGUUCAAAUGGAUCUCAGCUGAUAUUCCUCAUGCCCGGAUAUUUAGUCUCAAAUAUAAGACAAAUCUUACACAAUGGUCUGGAGCUACGCUUCCUAUGCAGGAAGUGAGCUCCAUGCUUUUGGAGAAGCUGGUCGAUGCAGGCAUUGGAGACCGUCCUGUUGUUUUUGUGACUCACAGCAUGGGAGGGCUGGUUGUGAAGCAGAUUCUAUACCAAGCAAAAGUAGAGAACAAGGAAAACAUUGUCAACAACACUGUUGGAGUUAUUUUCUACAGCUGCCCACAUUUCGGUAGCAGACUAGCAGACAUGCCCUGGAAAAUGGGCCUUGUACUUCGUCCUGCUCCCACGAUAGGAGAGCUAAGAAGUGGGUCACCUAGACUAAUAGAACUUAAUGAUUUCAUUCGCCCGCCUACACAAAAGGGGUCUGGAAGUUCUUAGUUUCUGUGAGACCAAGGUAACUCCAAUUGUUGAGGGUUAUGGAGGUUGGGCCUUCCGAAUGGAAAUCGUAGCGAUUGAGUCUGCAUAUCCAGGCUUCGGCCAGCUUGUGGUAUUGGAUUCGACGGAUCAUGUUAACUCGUGUAAGCCACUCAGCCGGAGUGAUCCUUCUUAUGCAGAGACACUUGAGUUCUUGAGGAACCUGAAAGCCCAGUACAGAUCAUAUAGUAAGGAAACUAAUCGCUGAAAAAAAAACUUACAUUUUUUUUGGUAGGUGUAAAUAUGUUUAGGGUUAAAGUAAUUUUUUGAUGAGACAGAAAAUUAAAUGGGGAUAAGUUUUGGGGUAGAUAGAAUAGAAUGGCGCUGUAAAUUACUUACUCCAUAAGAUUAAGAUCAAUCAGGUGUUAAUUUCUUGUACAAAAGAUUGUUACACAUGAGUAAAAAAAGGAUAUGAUUUAACUUUUUG